UCACCGAGUCACGCCUGUUGCGCGCGAAGGGCCCCGAGGGCGCUGCGUGUCUCUGUCUUUUUGAGCGCUGACUUCCAUCUCCACGUCGUGUCUGCUGCGGGUGCUCCGCAGGACGGUCGUGGGCGCGCCUGCGCCAUCGUCAUUAUCGACAGCGGACAGCCGGAAGUCGAGCCCUUUCUGGUCGGCUUGCACUGAGAAAAGGAAGGGCGUCAGGUCCUCAGGGGCGACAGGCGGCGGCAUUUCGGCCUCCUCUUCUGCCUCAGACAUCUUCUCGUCCCGCCGUGGCUGCAACACCAUCCCUCGUCUCAUUGACGGGCUGGGCGUCGCUUCUCCGGCCAGGCGCGGGUCGGUCGACAGCUGCACUUCAAUGACGACAGGGUACCUCUGGCCCAUCCAGGCCGCUUCCCGGGGCGCUAUCACCCGAGUGGACUCUUGGUAGGCUGCAAGUCGCCAUUUGUCUUGCUCGGAGACCUCUGACUCUUCAGCUGUGUGUGCGGUGGCUUCCUCUGACGUCUCCUCUUCCCCGCCCUCUUCGCUCUCCGGCCGCAGCGGGGCCUCCAGCAUGGCUUCAAAGACAUCCGUCUUUAUGCCGCCGAAGUAUUCAUCUUCUGUCCUCGGCUGUUCUGGGGCGAUGCCGAUGGAUACCCUUCUCUGUCGAUAGCCUGCAGCUUUUCUCGCUUCUCUGAGCACCAGCAUUGUGUCUCUCAUGAGCCGGUCCACCCCCUCCUCCUCGCUGACCACCUCCCGCCGUCUCGUGGGCGAUUUCUUCCCAGUGCCCUUGACGUCAAGCGCUGACGGUUCUGCGAACACCCCUGCAGCCCCCUCUGAGCCCUCCUCCAUCAAGUCGAGCUCGCCCACCUCGGAUGUGCGAAACGUUAUGAGCGGGUGCUCUGGCGGCUGCUCGGACAGCUCACUCACCUCCUCUUCCUCCUCAUCACCAAACGGCUCCUCACCUGCGAAGGCCGGCAGCAUGGCAGAAGGGAGGAACUCGCCGGGCCUCGGCGGUGGUGGCGGUGGCUCUGGGGCCAUGACUGCCUGUCGGAGCAUCGCCAGCUCUGCCUCGUGCUCCACCUCGGGGGGCCGCGAUGGCGGGGCGCGCGAGAGGUCAGCGAAUCGGAGGGAAGGGGAGGGGAGGUCGCCAGCCAAGAGGCUGACGAUUGGGCGCCGGCGUUCCUCAUCGACCUUCUGGUGCCUGAAGGUGGAGACACGCAAAAAUGAAAUGGCGAGAUUGGCAGAUUGUUCUGGCUUACUUCCUGGCGGUCCAGUAUUUCUGAAUGACUUGUGAGGCCUGGUCCAGCCGGCGGUGGAAGACCUGCAUGACGACCCGCCGCCGCACCUCGGCGAAGGUGAGGCCCCACAAUUGGGACUCCAUGGGGGGAAUCAGAUCCUCCCAUAUCUCAUCCUCAACGUGCUCCGCCAACACGCGGAAGAAACUAGAGAGACAAGAAAAUGGCACACCAACACACUUUCGCGUCUCUUUGUUCGCUCCGCUCACACGAGGAGCAGUGUCUGCACAGGGAGGAGACCAUUUGGGGGGCUGUAGACAGGCAGCAGGAACUUGCGGUUCUGCUCGACCACAUGGGAGGCCUCAUCCAGCAUCUCCGGGAGGUCAAGCCACCCCACUGGAUCGGUCGGGCUGAGGAGGAUGCCCAGCCUGCGGCACGUGAAGCGUCGCUGCAGUGCGGGGUUCUGCAGGAUGGGAAGGGCGUCGAUCACUGCCGAGAGGCGACACCAACCUGAAAUGCGAAGAGGGUAUCAUCGUCUGUAGAGACAUGUGUCUCUGUGUGAGGUCAGGUUGUCUCACCAAACCACACGCCAGCAUCUUGCUCGAAGGCCUCCGUCUCUUUGACGAUGCCCAUGAGCAGGUCCUUGGCCUCUGCCUCAAUUGCGCUGGAAAACUGCUCCCUAGCCGAUUUCCGCUUCCUCGCCCGGCGCCCCGUGAGCACCCCCUCAGCCUGGUAGUCCUCGCCCCACACACGGCCGCUGAUCGUGCCUGUCGGCUUGGCACGCAUGCGCUCCCGGCUGAGCCGACCGAUGAGAGGCGUCCGCUCUAGAUGGGUUUUGAUGAAUAUGAGGGAGAGGUCCCCUAGGUAGGGAUAAGCGCUGAGGUCGCGGCGUCGGGCGAGGACGGCCAGGGCGAUCAGCAGGACCAGCAGCAUGAAGAUGACGAAAGCGGGCACCCAGGGGGUCUGAAGCUUCACUUCGUCAGGCUCUAGCGCCAUCCUGCGCAGACGUGUACACACAGACGCAGAAGUACCACUUUGUUUCCCACUUUCUGUCUUUUUUCUUCCUGCUGGUUACUCACACGGGUGCGGCCUUCCUCGGAUGCAGCUGUGAUGGGGGGAAGGCCGCGUGCUGUGCGAGCCUUGUGCAUGCGCAUGUGACGCCAUCGCUCCUCACCUGCACUGCCCGGCACCCCCGCUCACUCCAUUCGUCAUCGGCUCCCUCCCGCGACCGACAUGCGACACUCUGCCGACUGUCCAUCAGCCCCUGAGACACCGGCUUGGACGUGGGCAGCCAGACCAGCAAUGGCAAAGACAUGUCGGUGACCGGCAGGGGUGCGCCGGAGGGCAGGUGUGCAGUAAGGAAGACGAGCUCGGAGAGGCGGCUGGUCGUUGGCAGGUCUGUUUCAGGCAUGUAGCCGCUGGCGUUGUCUCGGAGCAUCCGAACAGACGGAGACGAGGACACGCCGCCACCUCCCGGGUCGUCCCGCCAGCGCUCCGCCACCAGGGACACGUUGCCGACCGUCUCGUUGUCCAGCGUCACCGAGGACGACUCACGGAACGCCUCGUACAGCUCGUAUCUUGGCAAGACUAGCCCAUGGCUGCAGCUACUGGGGCUGUCGUGGGUGCUCAGCGUCAUGAGGAGGCUGCCGCCCAUCCAUGGCACUGUGGAAAGGGUGCAUGGAGGCCGGGCGGGGACGCGGCGGUAAGCCAUGGGCAGGGACUGAAGGUCGGUGUCGUUGGCCAAGGGGUCUGUCAUCGUUCGGACAGAAGACAUUUGAACGCGCAUCGUCACCAGCGGAUUGGCAAGCUGUUAAGACACCGGCAAGAGAGAGAGAGAGAGAGAGAAAUGCAUCUGCCGGGAGCGUGUGCAGAGGUUACCAGUGUCAUUGGUGGCCCGUCAGGCGUCAGCAGCUCCAGCGACUUGUUGGCAAAGAUCCUCUGGACUGACAAUACCGACGCCUGCAAGAGACGCGCUUUGCGCACACCUUAACAAAACACAUAUUUUUCCUCGAAAGUGCUGACCAAUAUGGCCGCCGCUUCCGGGUCUGCAGGAGUCUGUUCGUAUGGGUUUUCCUCGUCCACUGGUGGCUCUCCCGGAUAGGUCAGCCGCGCCGCGAGAUCUGCCAUCCCUCCCAGCGCCUCGCCGAGCAUAUCGACAAAAGACAGGGGGAUAUCCGCAAAGGACGUGCAGUGGACGGUGUGCCGGAGGAUGUCUAGGAUGAGCGACGCCGCGUGUGUCGCGGCUGUGGCUUGGAAUAGAUCGUGGCUGAGCAGCUCGGUCACUUGGGCCGUUUGUGCCCGAGACCAGUCCACAGGGGCGCAGCCAACACGCGCCUGACCAACAGUCGCCAAACUCAUCGCGUCUUUCGUGUGGGAAUGAAUGGCUACCUGUAUGGUGCGCAGGGUCUGCAGUGUGUCGUUGACCAUUCGCGGCGAAUACGGGAUGUCUCCUGACGUCGUCGCUCGUACCGUUGCCGUCACACCUGCCAGAAGCUGGCCCGUGUGACUCAUGUCAGACACCACUCGCAAAUCUGAACGCACACACAUUCACAGCCACGCACUCUUCUCUCUCUGCCACAUGCACGGUGCCUCUCUCAGCCACCGACCCCUCAUGGCCCGAUCGGUGGCAUUCAUCCCCCGCUCGCCGGUCGUGAGGCCCACAUUAAUGGCCUCCAACACAGCAGCCUCCGACACGGCGCCAAAGACGUCCCUCGCCCUCCCCCAAACCAUCACCCACGACCGGUCAGUGGGCCGGUCGGUCACCGAGCCGGCCGGCAGACGGGCGAGUAUGGUUGGGGAUGAGACGUAUUCUGUGUGGUGUAGGGGCAGCUGGCGGGCCACGGUGACAAAGUCGGGCGAAGUGGAGAGGAUGCACGUGUAGAAGGAGAAGGACAGGGGGCUUCCGAUGUCAUUGGGCAUUUCGGGGUCGAUCCAGCCCGUGUGGGUGAUCUCAAACACACUCAGGAAGCUGUACGCUGGCCCUGCACUCACGGAAGAAAGAGGUAUGCGACCGACCAUGUUGCUUAUUUGCUCUGUCUCCUUGACCGACCGUCAGUGAGGGUGACGUCGAUGCGGCCAUUCACAGGCGGCAGGUUUGGGACCAUCUCGCCUAUCGAAUGUCCUUCAUGCAACCGCAGCCGAUACGGCAUCUCCCACCUGCUCGUCAGGUCACUUUGUCGGAAUUCCACAGCAUAGCUAUCGAUCCCUUUCCUGCUCUCUUGGCUCGGUGUCAGCGACACGUCUCGCCCAAAGGAUGGGUCGAGAGGCGCCGUUAACAGCACCCUCGGCGCUGCUGAUGAGACCAAUGGACAAGCAAGCGAUUCAUCGGUCGGGACAGCCAGGCCGAUCUCUGUCUCCGCCAGAGGGUCGACGAUGGUGCAUUGCGGCUCCCGCAGUCGGGUUCUGUGACAUGGCUGUCCUUGAACGGCAGAAAAGGAGCCGUCUUGUUGUGGCUCGACCAACGGCGGCUCGUCGUCUGUGUCGUUGACAACGAUAUGCGAGACGGUCGGCACGUCCACGUGAAGCGAAGAAGGAAGGUCAGCAGGGGCACUCGCGUUGACAGGGGCUUUUGCAAGAGGCCGCGGUGGCAACAGAAAGGCAUUGCUGGAGAGGCCGGAAUCGUUGACAAAUGUGUAGGCGGUCGAUGGAUCGAUAACGGGGUGAGCGUGAGCGAGGCUCGCCAUCUCGAUGGAUGCCUUUACCUCAAUCCAUCCCGCCGGCUGAGACAUGAAGGCCACAAACAAUGUGAAAAAGAGACAACCUUCGGAAGUGGCGUUACCGGCUUGUCGAUCUUCCACCACGUCUCCUCGACAGGGUCGGUGUUUGUCUCAUCAGCUCGCGUCAGCAUGUCCGUGCAGUUCUGAGCGUAUAUCUGCAGGCUGAUAAAGAGGUUUUCGGGGGCUGGCUGGGGCCACGGUGGGUCGUCAGACACCAAGAAAGGCAGCCGUGUGAGAGGCAGAAACCGACACGACACGACCAGCCUGAAGUCGCAAAAACGGAUGGAUGAGCAGGUGAAGGUGUAUUGCGUUCGGCGAACCUGGUGUCGUUGUGGACGGCCGAUUGGGGGAUGGGGUGCUGCGUUGCAAUGUGCACAACGAGGGGACAUUCGGGACCGAUAUGCAUUGGCGCCCCGAUUUCAACCCGAUUCUUGAGGCCGUUCUCAACGAUUCGGACUGAGACACGCAUGUGAACGACGCGUAUCAGAGAGAGGUGCGAGUGCUGCCGGCUGCUUAUGUACCUGUAAAGGUCACUUCAGCCCUUCCCAAUAUGGGUUCAUCCGUCAGGGCCUCAUCCUCCUCCACCAGAUCUCCCAGCCCCCACAGCAGAGAUGACGCCUCACCACCAGCACCACCCGUGACAGCUUCCACGGUCUGCAGUUGUCUCCCCUCCUCGUCUGGAGCACCAGUGGUCGUCAUCGCGUUCUCGUCCUCAGGGGGCUCCUCUGUCGUCGUUGCAUUGAUGUCAUAUAUUGGUUUGUCUCGCCCCCUGUCAGCUGGUGGACUGACUACUGGAAGCACUGGGUCGACCUCUUUCCUCUUGGGAACACGGUAGAAACGCUGUGUGACGGAGACAUUGAUGUACAUGUACAGGCCCGGCGGGAGCGAGGCAGGAGGGAUGGCGAUGUGCUGCUGCAGCAGGGGGGAUGCUGGGAAUGUCAAAUUGACGGGUGUCAGGGAGACCUCGCCACCAAGAAGAACUGCCCAUUACAUGGGAUACUUGUUCGUGUCUCGUGUGUAUCUUUGUGAGUGGCACCUUGGUAUCGAUGUGCGGUCCAUUGUGUGUCGUUGGGCAUUGCCACGCGUGUGUCUGUGGUGGUGAGACACGGGAAGGGGACCGAGUUCAUCCACCAGGCCUCUUCCGCCGGGUCCAGGUGGUGGUAUUGCUGGGAAGGCAUCAACUCGACACGCAGGUUUAUGCCGCUGCUCUCGAACACCUCCUAGACUCCCACACACAGACACAUACGGACAGAGACACGAGACACGAGACACGAGACACGAGACACGAGAACGCUGUCAUUCUCACUUGGUGGCUGGGCGAGAGGCUUUGAAUUUAGGCAGCACCGUCCUUGGCAGCAACGUCACUUCAAAGUCGGUGCUCCCUUUCUCGCCAGACACGGCGACCGACACCUCCACACGAAACGCAUACACGAUGCUGCUGGUGCGAUUGAUCUCAUCAAGGCCGAAGAACAGAGGCAUCAAGUCCGUCGUGGCCAGAGACACGCCCGUCUUGCCGACGAAUGCGUUGAGGACGGUCUGCACACGCAGCAGCUGCACGUACAUCAUGGCAUGGCUGAUCGCCAGAUGGCCGCCAUCCUCCGUCACGGCAGUGAAGUGCAGGGCGGUCCAGUGGAUGUGCGCCCACGGCCAGGCGGGUGCUGAAACGUUGCGGAGUGUGAACCAGACACGGUUGUUGCAGCCGACGAGAGGGGGAAAAUCAACUUGCAGAUCCAGGGGGACGAAGGAAUCGCUGACGGGUGGGGUGACAGGCGUGUUGUUGUCGCCCACCAUGAGAGGGAAAAAGUGCUGCAUUUUGGGUCCACCCAGCACCUCUGCCGUCACUUGAUCUCUCCACACACAGACGGCGGCCGUGUUGGUGAGAUCGAGGGGACAUGUGCCCAUGUCCGCAGCAUUUGCGCUCGACGGCAGCUGCAGGAGCUUAUCGAAGGUGACGGUAAAUAGACGAUAAGCGGCGUCCCACUCAGCAGCGACAGGGGCAGGGUCCAGCACAGGAACACACAAGUGCGGCGCAUCUAGGUCAGCACAGCCACUGGCGGCCACCACCGAGGGACCAUCGGAAGCAUCUCCAUCACACGAAUACCAGGCCAGAGUGGCUGCUGGUGGAGGUGGGGGUGUGGCGGGGCAGAUGACAGCCGUGUCGUUGGCACCGACAGAUGAGCAGUUGGGCACACAAACAGCCGGGACUGGGAUGCGGUCUUCAGAAAGCGGUGCAUGGGGCGAGCAGCUCCAGUUGGGCUCGGUGUCGCACGUGGCUGAGCAGCCGUCAUGUGAGAAGCGGUUGCCGUCAUCACCUGAUACGAUUGACAAGCGGAAAGAAGUGAGAUAGAGAGAGGUAAACGUAGUGCGUGUAGAUGCAUUCACACAUGUCUCGCGUGCAGCUACGACAGCGUCCCCACACAGCGACGCGCAUCUGGACACUCCACCGGUGGAGCCACACAGGUAUCCCGUCUCGAUGUGACACCGAGCCGAGCACCCGUCGCCAUCCACUGUGUUGCCAUCGUCACCUGCACACCCCGAGACACAAAAACGGAGCAGAGUCUUCCCUGAUUCUCUCCCUGUGUGUCGUUGCGUACACUGUUCACUUCGGACGCAUGUGCCGUCCCCACAGACAGGCCUCAUGUGAUACCCGAGGCCCACGCUAUACAGGGCGUCGCCGCCCAGUGCCAUGAGGGCCUCGGCGUUGACUUCGGAGGUCCAUGUGGUGGGCAGUACCUCCCAGCUAUCUUCGAUCUUGCAAAAGGCACUGCAUGCACACACACACACACACAUCAGGUAAACACGCCCCAUGUUCAUUGCACGUCUGUCUCUUCCCCACCUGCAUCUUUCGCCUCCAUCGUUCUGACGGCACACACACGCAAAAGACACAGAAAAACGUCACUGUUGGCGUGCAGACAUCCACGUCUUUCUCUCCCCCCCUCAAUGACUCACCCGUCCGUCGUCGCAUUCCUCGUCAGGGCACAUGGUGAUUCCAUCCCCGCACACGGCCCCGCCCUCACUCUCCACGUGCACAUACCCCACCGGCACCCAGGCGCCCGACAUGUGGCCCCAGCACACGAGCCCACGACCGGUAGUGACGAAAGCCGGGAUGGGGAAGAGCAGCAGAGAGUCGUUGGUGUAGAGGUUGAAGCCCGUGGAGGGGCUUAAAGGCUGAGACGCAGCUACCAUCGGGGAGUACGCCUGAAUUCACAGAAAGAAGAAUGUGGUGAAUGAAAGGCGCAUCACUGUCUCCGUCUUUCCACCCGACCGAUUUGCCGCAUCCAGCCGAGUCCUCGAGGAUGGCCAGUCUGUCCUGAUUGCUGAGGUACGCCCCCUCCACACCAAUGGUCAUGUUCUGCCCGGCCUCCACCCACCACUGACGGCUGCCCUGCGGCUGGGCCACCGAGAGACGCCCCGCGCUGAUGAUGUGCGACUCUGAUGAUGCAUCGCAUCCGCUGGCCGCGUGUGUGCAGUAGCAGAGCAGGUAGCUCCCCGAGUCGCUGAUCUCGCCCAUGUCAAAGAUGGCGCGUGAUGUGUCCAAGGGGUGGGGGGAAGGGCUCGGUUGAUCGAUGUUAGAGGCUGGAAAGCAGAAAUGGGGUGUGAUUUCGCUGCACAGUCUUGUGAAGUGAGUGUCUCAUGCUUACGUGACAGCACGGUGGAUGGCUGCAGGUCGGGAUCACCGCACUGCGAGGUGGCAUUGGCGUCUGCUUCGAAAAUGGCGAGUGAGUCGCUUUGGUUCAGGUGCCACCCCUCGAUGGCCACUGUGCAGUUGCUGUCGAUAGCACACGUGUAGUUGCCAUGCUCUCGUGCGCCUGACCGCAGCACCGACAAAAGAGCGACCUAAACUGGCCGGCAUUGUCCUCUCGUCCUCUUGCUGACCUACCUUGCACCACCAGCAGUCCAGCGGGAUGAGUGAAAGACGAAGGAUCGUCGCAGUCAUCCUCGUCGCAGAGACACAGCUGACAGGGACAGGAACCCGGGGCAGACACACAGACUCUUCUGCUCGCCCCCACCCACACAAACCUGAUAGAUGCCCGGCGAGGUCACAACGCCAAAGCCAAAUGUCGCAUUCCGCCCGUCGGCACUGACAUUCGCUUCGGCGACUUUUCCGGCCAGAGACCCGGCUGCAGCCCAUUGUGCCGAGCCACACUCGGCGAUCUCGUCUGCUGUCGAAGGAAUCGUGGUGGGUGGGUCGGGCGGCAAGGCUGACAGUCUGUAUGUCUCGGUGAAGCCGACGCCGAUAAUUGAGAGGAGCAGUGGGGCGGGGCCUGCUGGAUGGACGAAGAGAGCGGAUGAAUUCGCACCUGGACGGAGAGAGAGAAGGAAAGAAGCAAGAGGACACAUGUAUCAUCUUCUGUGAUGGUCAUGGCCCAUCCCAUCUUUCUCACCCACUAAGGAUAUCAGUCCGACUUCGCGGUAGUCCGGCAACGCCGGAUCAUCCGUGCUGCCAUAAGGCGCGCAGAUGAGGAACCGCCCCGGCUUGGUCGGCAUGCCGUAGUCGACGUCGAGCACACUGAGACCGAUAGCACUGCCCACCAACAGCACCUCGUGGCCCAAGGGGUUCACCACGGACGGCGUGGGCCUGUCAAAGAAGAGAGAAGGGUCCGUCAGCACAGAUGACGGGCCGCACCCGAGGUCGGGAUCACCGAACUGGCGAGAAAGAAAGCACAACAGAUUGGUGUGAGCGAGAGAGAAGGAACGUUUAUUGACGUCCGCACCUUGGUGUUGAGCAUGGCGCUUAUCUCGACCGCCCCUCCGGUGACGGUGAGGUCGCACCCAUCGACAGAAUCCACCCCGCAAUCCCACUGGUUGACAGGACUCCUGUCAUAUACUGCCCGUGCCCACAACACAUACACACAAGUGUUGCCUUGCCGGACGGUCGUCUGUGUCUGGCUGUGGGUGGGGUGGUCUGUGGCUGCAUGUCUACACACCGCUGAGUAUGAGGUUGCCGAUGGUCUGAGUGUACUGCGACGCAGCGGAGCAAUUGACAGGGUCCAGCACCGGCAGUGUGCCUUACUCGGUCGCCUGGCAAUAACGCACCUGAGAAGGAGACACAGACAUACAGGCAUCACAACCACGCACUCAGGCUGCUGCUCAUCAUCGUUUUGCCCACUUUGAAUCCGGUGAUGGCCUGGCUCCUGCCUGAACAAACACAAUGGCAGGCGACACAUGGAUGAGACACUACAGCGAAUGGUCCUCAGGUAUCCUCACUGAUGAUGUCGUAAUGAGUCACGGUUUCUGGAGGCCCGGGAGGGGAAAAGGUGAGUGUGGCGUUUGAGGUCGAGACGAGUUGUGCCAUGUCGAGGCUGUACAAGACACACCGGCGCGACGCGGCGCCAGCAGCAUACAGGUCGAAUGACCUGCCACACAUAACACCCAGAGAGACACACACACUCUCAUUCAUGCAAAUGCUCGUCCCUGUCUCUUUGGCCUUCCGACGCACCUGCACCAGAACCGCCGCAAGCAUGCCGCGGCGCAGCCCCGCGGCUCGAUUGUCGACGUGCUGGUCAGUGUGGCGGCAUACACCGCCUUCGUCACGUUCUUGGCGUCUUCGAGCGUGAGUGCUUGUGGCCAGCCAUCCAUGCUGCCCAACGAGUAGCCAGGCUGCGUGUAGACGAAGCCAAUGUCGGGUGUUGAUCGAAAAGCCAACAAGGGGAGGUCUGCACAGAGAGAGACAAACCAUAGUUGUGUAUUCGUGAACCGUACGCCCGCCCACGUACGGUACCGCCUAUGUCAAUGUCAAACGCAGCUGUGGCAGUCCCCGUGGUCGCGUUGACGGCCACUGCCAAUGGGGUCUGGAAGGCCUCGCCGGCCGGCAACCCCGCAGGGGUCGAUGGGGAGGCGCACUGACAACACACAAGACAACCACACACACCACAUUCAUCUGUGAGAUGAGCAGCUUCGUGUGUGUGUGUGUGGUCACGUCUGUCGAGCGACCUGUCCUGAUGUCUGUUUGUCUGUCCGUCUGUGUGUCUGUCUUUCUGCCUCGGAGUGGAGUGCGUGCAUGCACGCAUACUUUGUGUGUAUGAGCACCUCGUCGCUGAGGUCCGCCAGCUUCAGUCGGUCCUCCACCUGCAGACCGCGACCCCCCACAUGCAACCAGCACUUGUCCACCGCGUCAACGUCAUACGCGCUCGACCCCACGCCCGACGCAGUGAUGCCCAGCCAACACAAGACCACUCCCUGAGACGGCACACCUGCCAAAACAUGCCAAAAGGUAAGGAAGAUGGUGAUUGCAAUGGUUGUAUACCGUCGAUGGUGAGGUUGCCGACAUCGACACUGUAUAGGUCGGGAAGGAUGAUAUUUGACGCGUGGCACUGUGUGUUGCCGCACCAGCAGAGACGGUACUGGCCCGUCACAACCGACUGCGAAAGGGGCCGCGAGUCCACCAAAAACAGACCGCCGCUGCCGCCCUCACUUGGAGCGCUCAGACCUGACACCGAUGCAAUGCCCGCAAACACAGCAGGUGAGGGAGAAUUUGUGCGUGUUGGUGGCUGACCAUCAUCAGGGAAGCCCCUGUGUCUCAUGGACUCUCGCUCAGUGUCGCCGCAUGCCUCCUCGAUGGGCCGCGUGACCAGGCGAGUGCCAUUGAGUGCACUGGGAGGAUUGCCUGUGAUCUGCACGCGACAGAUGAGGCCUAACACACACCGCCACUCAGCCGCGCCAAGUGCGGGGCCUGGCGUAGCGGACAGCACAACCACACACAAGAGACACAAAGGGCCGUUCAUUCUGCUGUCGUGUCUCAUUUCAGCGACCUUCCAGUGUGAUGUCAGCGACUUGUGUGGUGAAGUCCUGCCCCUCGUUGCAGCCGUCGAGAUUGUUGGGGCAGAUGCACACCCUGAAGGAGCCGUACCCCUGCACCGCGACGUCCUCCCACACUAUGGACGUCACAUUGGCCACCGAGUCGUGCUCCAAAUACGAUGGGUACUGCGGCAGAGAAAAAAGAAAGACAGAGAGACACAGUCCGAUCCAUUGCUUGAGGCGCAUCAGUGGCUGUGUGUAUUUGCCAGCUGACCAUGAGCGGGCGGGGUCUGUUGACGAGAUCAGGUCUCUGCAGGUGUGAGUCGGGGUCGCCACAAUUGACGGACGACGGCAUGAUGCGCAUCUGAGCGAGCAUGGUGAGGUUGAAGACGCUCGAUGACCACAGGUCUGUCCUCAUCGUGGCACUGUGGAUUUCCCCAGACAUCAACGUCCGAGAGAGCGGCGCAGUGACAGUAGGAAUGCCUGACAGGACAGGAGGCCUCGUGUUGGCGUGGAUGAGGGUGUCUAGGUCUUGACUCACCUCUGAGUGUGAUGAGGCCGUUGCCCUGCAGUACUUCCACCGUGUACUGACGAAUGCUGACGUCGCACCGGCUGACGACGUGCCGUGAGCACACACACGCCCGGACUCUCCGGUCAGACAGAUGGAGGGCCGUGAAGCUCAGUGGGCUCCUGCAUACCAAACACAGCCCAGGCAUACGAGAUCCUCACCAGACCACCUUGUGUCUGCCUCCGAAACUUACGAUGUGUUGAAGACUUGGUAUUCGUUUUGUCCAGUGAGGUUUUGGAGGGGCGUGGACACGUCCACCCAGCCGAUCGACGCGAAAUCGGCCACUGAGCCUGGGGUCAUGCCCGUCACGAGACUCGCACUCGCAUCGCCGCAUUCCCUCUGACCCAAGUGCACACACAUAUUCUCUUCUGUGUGUGUGUCUCUCUUUUCGAUGUGUCUCUGGCGCUCACGUCAGCGUCUUGCACAAUGAGCCUGUCAGUGGUUGCGUUGAGGUCUGACCCCUGCACCGUCACGGAAUACUCCCGCCCCUCAACGAACUCACGCACGUCGGCAGGAGAGAAGUCAAAGCCAAAUACUGAUGGCGGGCCUGCACGGCACCACAACACACGCAUGUCCACACAAACAUCACUGCUGGUGGUCCAUAUCCUGACCGGCAGUGUCGAAGGUGAGCUCUCCGCUGGGAUUGUUGACGUAGGCGUCAGCUGUUGCAGCAGCGUCGACCACCAGGUUGCCAUCCAGCACAAGUGUGUAGGUUGUAAAGGCCUGCAGCGGCGCCGCCACACGGAUCUUCAACACAGCCCCGGUCGGGGGCGGCACCUGAGAGGAUGCAUACGCAGAACAGGACAUGGUCGACACGUCUUUCCCUUUUAUGUCACUGACUUGGAAUUGCUCGGCUGUGGGCGACGUGACAUCGAUUGUGUAGGCCACCUGGCCGCCUGCCGCCUCAAACCGUAUCGACCUGCAUAGACGCCACGCAUGACGCAAACAGACAGACAGACAGACAGACAAGAACUCCCUCUCUUCAUCUCGCAUCCAUCGGGUGUACCCAGUGCCUAAUUGUAUGUUGGCGUCGAAUUCCAUGUCGAUCUCCGGCGCGAGUAUGGACCUGCUGGCGUCACUGGGGCUCUUGACGUACGACACAGACACCAGCAGAGGGACAGCUGCACUGGCCAGGGAAAGGAGAAGGACCGCCACAAAGGCCGCAGGCAGAACAAUGCCGCCGUGGCCUGCAGGAACAGAGAAUGACCAAGAGAGGGCUGGCCUCAUAUGCACGGCCGGAUUGCUGCGUACUGAAAGGCGCGAUGAGGCGUCUCAUCUGCACUGCGCGUCAGGGACAAUCUGAGACAAACGGGCUCGACAUCGCCCGCCACAUGCCAUCGAUGC